GUUCCUCACUUUCUGGUGGGAGUUUUCGUCGAAUUGCCUUCUUUGUACUUUUGUUCUUGCGAGCAGACGCCGCCCUUAAGGUGCUUCUUCCUCCCCCUUGCAACCUUGUGGAAACUGAGUCCUCGUCAUUUGAAGAGCAAAAGGUUUUCACUCCGUGCACCUCAGUUCUGACCUCAGUUCGUGCUCAACCUUAAUUUCAGUUCCAGGAUUCUCGAGGCAUAACGCAACAAUGGGCGAGACAAAAUACCACCCAUACGUGAAACCGAAUCGGUACAAGAGGAAUGACCCAGCGCCACCCCCAGCAGCGCCCUCGGGGGCUACUGUGGUAGCUCAGUUCAAGAGCGCGGACGACGAUACCUGUGGACCUCCGCUCAAUUUGCCGGCGGACGUAACCCCUGAGCAACUUGCCCUGCUGUUGAACAACUUGCUGCAGAACGAGGACCCAUUACCGUACACUUUCCUUGUAGACGACACGGAGAUCACGGCGGACCUGCAUACGGAUGUGAUUCAUGGGCUCGGCAAAUCCACCGAAGACCAGAUCACUAUUCUUUACCGCCCACAGGCGGUGUUCCGAGUACGAGCAGUCACACGAUGCAGCGCUUCGCUGUCAGGCCAUACCGAGGCCAUCCUUUCGGUGCAGUUUAGUCCUGAUGGAAAACAGCUGGCGACGGGUUCAGGGGAUACCACUGUCAGGGUGUGGGAUUUGGAUACCGAGACGCCACAGCACACGUUGGAAGGACACAAAAACUGGGUCCAGAUUGUUGCUUGGUCUCCCGAUUCCGAGAUGCUGGCAUCUGGAAGUAUGGACAGUACCAUCCGAUUGUGGAAUCCGAAAACUGGAAAAGCCUACGGCGACGCUCUCCGUGCACAUUCGCAAGUCAUUACCAGCAUAUCAUGGGAGCCAUGGCACUUGAACGAGAACUGCAACCGGUUUGCAUCAGGAUCUAGGGACGGCACGGUUAGAAUAUGGGACGCCAAGCUACGGAAAGUCAUCAUGACCCUUUCAGGACACACCGCGCCUGUCCUGAGUGUCAAGUGGGGUGGGGAAGGGCUGAUAUACUCUGGAAGCAGAGAUAAGACCAUCAAAGUCUGGGACUCCACGGAGGGUAAACUCGUGCGCACGCUGGAAGGCCACGCCCACUGGGUGAAUCACUUGACGCUGUCGACGGAUUUCAUUCUCCGCACCGGUCCCCACGACCACACUGCACCAAAGUUCGCCACUCGGACCGAAGCCUACGCCGCUGCCGUCACCCGCUACAACACGGCCACGGCGAAUGGCUCUAAGAAAGAGAAACUUGCGUCAUGCUCGGAUGAUUUCACCAUCUUCUUGUGGGAGCCCAGCACGGGCAAGAAGCCCAUCACGCGAAUGACCGGCCAUCAGCAACCGGUCACACACCUGUCGUUUGCCCCCGAUGGGAGCACAUUGGCUAGUGCCGGGUUUGAUAAGAGUGUCAAGCUUUGGGACGGUGUCACUGGAACCUUCCUCACCACCCUCCGCGGUCACGUCGGCGCGGUAUUCCAAGUGUGCUGGUCCUCCGAUUCGCGCCAAGUGCUUUCCGGUUCGCGAGACAGCACACUCAAAACUUGGGAUGUCAAGAACAAAAAGCUGCGCCACGAGUUGCCAGGCCAUGCAGAUGAGGUCUACUCGGUGGACUGGAGCCCAGCGGGCGAUCGCGUGGCGAGUGGAGGAAAGGACCGUAUUCUGAAGAUCUGGAGACAUUGAGCCUACAGCUUAGUCGCUUCGACGGAAGAACCGUUCUUUGCGAAACUGGGCCUUCCACAUGCGCAUCCCAAUACCUCACACUUUGCCCCCGCGCCUGCAACAACACGUCUACUCCGACGACUCGACAAUCCUCCGCCUGAUUCCCAAGCCCGCUCCACCUGUAUAUAGCAUCCCACCUUCCAUAUAUGCAAUCACCAGAACCCUAUAUACUAAAGGUCCCCAACAUGUUAUCUUUAGAGUAGAUCUUCCGUAGCGGGCGGUGUUCUUCUAGUAUCUUAUCUAUCUUUCAAUAUUUAACUA